GCGCUGGACACCUAAUCGACCCGUGGCUUGAAUGGGCAAAUGCAACAAUUCCUGCUACUGAGUUCAUUGACAAUGCCAGCUUAAGGGGAAUGGCUGUGCCACAACAGGGUUUUCUUUGUCUGUGGUUAUUAUCAUUCUCCUUGGGCCUAUGAAUGACUAGAUGGCUGGCACAUAACCAAGCAAUGCCUCUUUGGUUAUCUACUCUAAACUGUUCACAAAUGAACUGAGAUACUUUAUUGGUCAAUUCCCUUGAAUUUACAUCAUGGAGUUAGAAAAGACCUACCAGGAGGCAUUCAUGACUCAGGAUUUGCUUCCUUUGGCAGGGCCCUACGUCCCUGGUUGGGAGUAAGUGUAAAUGAGGUUAUGGUCAGGAACCUCUCCUUAAACUUGAAAAUAUUGCUGAAUCCACUGCUAAUACAAUAGCUGCCCAACAAAAAAUUUGUAGACUCCAGUUAUAGUUGUUCUUGAUAAUUAAAUAGCCCAUGAUUAUCUUCUAGCUGAACAUGGAGUGCCUGUGCUGUAGCCAGCACAACUGCUGAGCCUGUAUUAACACCUUUGGGGAAGCUGAAGUCAGUUACAUAAGAUCAUUGAGCAAGCCACUUGUCUUACAAGGUUGACUCCUUCAAUGGAGUCUUUCUUUUCCUUAUUUGAUUUUGAAUGGUUUGGGUCUGGGGAUCAUGGCUCUGAAGUUCACUCCAAAAGUUGGAAAUUAUCCUGCUUAUAAUAAUCAUAAUGUCCUCCUUGAUGUACUGAAUUCUCCCAAAAGCUUUAAAUGCACAUUCACAGCUGCUAACCACCAAGCAAAUGAUCUCCUGAAGAUGGGAACACCAGAAAAGGAAGGAAGAGAAUGACUGACUGAAAAAUUGUGAGCCUACAGUCAUGACCUGUGAAUACCACACAGAGGGUAUAAAAGCUGUGGGGACUACAGAGCAGUAGCUGAGAGGGGCAUGAAUCCCUUGAAUUUAGAUCACACCUCUCAGGCUGAGAGUCUGAUCAAAGGGGUGGGAGACAGUAGAUCCCAGUGGAGUCACUUGUACUAAGCCCCCAGUCAGCAAACCAAGACUUCAUACCUACGUACCUAACCUAAUUGCAGUUGUAGCCUCUCCCAGGAAUGUAAUCUUUAACCAGUUAAUUUGCAUUACCUGGUCAAUACUAGUGAGGUAGUCAGUCUGAUAGACCCCUUCUGUCUUCCAUAGGUAGGUGAACUUGCCUGAGAUAAUCCAACCUUUGCUAGAAACUUCCUCUUUGAAUAGUUGAAUAAAGCCAACUAGAUCUUUAAACUUAGGUGAUUUUUUUUUUUUAACACUGGCAUCUCUCACCAUCCUCUCCGGGGCUCCUCUUCACCCAUAGGCACUCACAGGUCAUCUGAUAUAUGGGCAAACCUGGAAAUGAGGGAGAUCAUACCCAAGGGGGCAAGCUUGAUCAAUGGGCACAGGAGCAAUAGACAGCACACUCUACUUCUAUAUUGAUCACUGGAGCAGGAGAUGGGAUUGGGAAAGCUUAUUCGUUUGAGCUAGCAAGGCAAGGCCUCAAUGUUGUGCUGAUCAGCCGGACGCUGGAAAAACUACAGGCUAUUGCCGUGGAGAUUGAGCGGACUACAGGGAGGAGUGUGAGGAUCAUACAAGCAGAUUUCACCAAGGACGACAUCUAUGCGGAUAUUAAAGAAGAACUCAAAGGCUUAGAAAUUGGAAUUUUAGUCAACAAUGUUGGAAUGAUCCCCAGCCUUCUGCCGAGCCAUUUCCUUAACACACCGGACGAAAUCCAGAGCCUCAUCCAUUGUAACAUCACCUCGGUAGUGAAGAUGACCCAGCUAAUUCUGAAGCACAUGGAGGCAAGGAGGAAAGGGCUCGUCCUGAACAUUUCUUCCGGGGUGGCCCUCUUUCCCUGGCCUCUCUACUCCAUGUAUUCGGCUUCCAAGGCUUUUGUGUGCACGUUUUCCAAGGCCCUGCAAGCGGAAUAUAAGGAGAAAGGAAUAAUUAUCCAGGUGCUGACCCCCUAUGCGGUUUCCACCCCAAUGACAAAGAAUCUCAACACCAGCCUGAUAACCAAGACGGCCGAUGAGUUUGUUAAAGAAUCACUCAAUUACGUCACAUUUGGAGAUGAAAGCUGCGGCUGCCUCGUCCAUGAAAUCCUGGCGAGCUUUCUGAGCCUGAUCCCAUCUUGGGCCAUCUACAGCAGCUGGGUCAAGAAGCUACUCCUGACUCAUUACACCAACUACCUCAAGAGGAACGCCAACAUCAGAUAGUCUGGGGGGCCUGAUGGCCAUCCAGCCUCAUUUUCCUCACCAGGUUCUGCACUGACUGCAGAGGACCAAGGAGCAGACCGUCACCCACCACCCCCUGAAGCUGGAGGUCCAUGCCACAGGCAUAGUCCCUAGAAUACAAUUUGUGUGCCAAGUAGCUCAUGUUAAAAUCAAGGCCAAAUGGAGACAGGCCUUGAAAAUUCCCUGAGCAGAUAAAGCCAGUUUAUUCAUACAAGCAAAACGUAGUUUAGCUUAUUUUGUAAGACUAAAGAUGGGACUCAGGGCAUGCUGCCCUCAAAUAUGUCACUUGGGCAUAUUUAUGAUUUUGAAUUAAAAUUACUUAAAUAGCAAGAGUA